CAGCAAGAGUUGAUAUGGCAUAUUUUAUUCGAUAAUAAUGUCAGGUGGAAUAUCAUUAAAGUUUAAUUCUUUAAUUUAAGUAAAUUAAAAAAACAAAAAUCUCAGAAUGAUGGCAUACCAAGAAAACCCCUUCCACGUGGAUGGGAAAAAAUAAACAAUGAAUUAAUGGAAAAACCCUUUCCAUCUGCGUCCCCUUCUCUCUUUUCCAUUCUCAUCUGAUCUCCUUCAACCAUCCAUGCCCGGUGCCCCCAAUCCCUACCGCAAAGCAUUCUUGCCGACGUUGCGCCCCACAAGGCCACAAUCACCCAAACGCCCUUACCGGACCUCCGAGCAACUCAAGCCACGACCGAUUUCAUGGACCAGCAGACAGAUCUAAACCUCUACACCGAUGCUAAGCUUACCGUAGCGGCUGGGGAAUCUCACUGCAGUGUCGAAUACUCCACGGGACUCGUCGAUUCUAGCGAUGGCAUUGGGAACGGAGACGGUCUCUCGGACUUUGGCGGUGUAAAUCUUUUCUGUGGUGGUUGCGACGAGGGUAGAUGCAGCAGAGAAUCUGGGCGUGGAAUGCUUGGCGGUGUUGACAGGAGACGAAAUCAGGGGAAGAGCAGGGGUCGUGAACUUGUGAUCAACUUGCGGAAGAGUUUCGCCUUUCGGGCUCGCUUCGUCCCUCCAUCUUUCUAUUCCCGCUCGGAUUCUCUCUCUCCCUCUCUCAAGAUAUGCAGAACCCAGUUGUUUGUCCGAUUGAAAUUGUCUGUUUUGGAAAAUCUUGGAGUGAUUUAAUUUGUUUUUCGAUUGUUGCUUUGUCGAAGAGUUUGGGGGGAUUGGAUCUGGAGGUGGUUUUAUUUGGCUUGCUGGAAUUUUCAGUCGCCUCCAGGAGAUUCAGUCGUCGGAGCUUCAAUCGCCGCUAAGGGGCCGAACCCUAAACACGAAAUCGGAAAAAAGAGGUUUCCGUCGUGCAAAGCAGAUGGGUAUGAGGGUGGGGAUUUAAUUUUUGAUAUAUUUUUUAAUAUCUGACGUGUCAUUUUCGACUUAUUUGGCGCUGACGUGUGCGCUGAGUUGGUGCCUAGUCAGCGAAUCGUCAAAGAAGUUGACGGUGUUAUUAAUACCUUUAAAGUAUCUAAUGAAAAUGGCUAUAUUUG